GUGCGGUUUUUGCUUUAUUGGAGGUCUGGGGGUCAGAAAAGCAGUCAGUAUCUGGUAUGACCACCACUUGCCUCACACAGUGCAACACAUCUCAUUCACAUAAAGUUGAUCAGGUUGUUGAUUGUGGCCUAUGGAAUGUUGGUCCACUCCUCUGGAUAUUGGCAGGAACUGGAACACGCUGUCAUAUACGCCAAUUCACAGCAUCCCAAACAUGCUCAAUGGGUGACAUGUCCGUACACUUGCCUGGGGUCACCGAAUUUUUGUUGAAACGGUUCGAAGGCAGAACAGGAAGUGGAAGAGGUCACAUGAUCCACCAGCUGACUUGCAACAGUAGUCAGACCACAGCACUUUCCUACCUUCUGACACUAAUGUUGGCUGCAGGAAGAGACCAGCCUGAAAACAGGAACUCCUUUUUGGUGAAAUUAGGACAUCCCGUGGGCUAUCGUCACGUCGGGGUCGCAUGGUCUUGCAAUGGUCGUUUCCCCGAGAUGCAGAAGGAUGCCAGGAAGCAAUGUGCAGGCUCCCCACAGCCCACGCAAGAGGCUCCGCGGCGCCACGGCAGAGACGAUGCCCUGCUGAGUCCAGGGAUAGGUCCGGGAAACUCGUCCGGCCGUCUCCCUUCCUUCCUUCAUACCUUCCUUCUCUUCAGCCAUCCCGGCAGCAAGCGGCAACCUCCUUCCGGCGGGGAAGCGAGAGACGAGAACGACUUUUUGUCUUAUUUCCGUGUUUUUUCAUCCGUGCGUGGAGCAUUCUUCAUGCGAGCGUGGAUUGUAUGGAACAAGGCCGUUGCACUGACCUGCUAA